GCUGACGCUUGAUCUAGCAAGCUUAAAGUCGAAUCAGCGAUGAAACAACAUUUUACUUUUUGAGAUCAUGGUAGUUGUAGCAAGAACGAGAACGAAUUUAAGUAUGUUUCUUUGAAUAGCGAUAUGUAAGUACCCCAAGAUCACAUCGAUCUUUACCUCUCCUAGCGACUGAUAGCACAAACUACCAGAAAUAAAAAAAAUGCCGAGUAGUGGCAACACCGAUGACCGGGAUCAGCCGCCGGCGAAGAAAAGUAAGCCGAACCCGAACCCAGUGUCAACCGGAAAUAGCAAGAAUGAGCCGGACCAGCGACGAGCCCAGCAGGUGCAGAAGGGAGGCACCAGCGGCACAACUAGCGGCGGUGCAAAUAAACCCGGCAACAGUAGUACCUCCGACAACCAGGCGCUAGCAGCCGCCAACCUUGGCCCGCAGGACGCCUUCUCCACCUUUCUGUCGAACAAGAAACACUUCCGGUACCUGAAGCUGGAGGCAGUGGAGAAGAAAAAGCUGUUGAAUGAGAGGGAUUGUUGGCCUGAGGUCUUCGAGGAGCAGAAGCAGAAAUUUGCGUUUACGGUCACGAACCUGCGAAAGUUCUCCGCUUAUGUCGGAGAAAUCCUCCGGGCCGUCACGUUUGACCACCUCCCGGUCGUGUGUGGCAUUCAGUUACUGCAAUUUGUGCUCGAGCACGAGGGCCAGCUCCAGUUUCAAUGUGACCCCAUCCGGGAUGCGCUGGUGGAGCAGCCAGAAGAAGUGGUCAGUGCGGGAGACCAAGCUGGUGUCGCAUCUUCGCCAACAGAUGAAAAAGGACAGGUGGAGGAGAAGGUAUGUCAUUCUCUCAUUGAAGAUCAAGUUUUCGUUUCAGUUCUCGUUUUUGUUUUCCACCAGCAGCAGCACGAGCACCUAUGUGCAUACCGUUUUUCGAUCUACUACUACUUGAGCCCGAUCCGCGACAGAGGAUCUAGUAGAAGGAACCUGAACCAUGUACACCAAGAUAUUAAUCUCUGACGAUCAAUAUCAAACUCGAACUCCAGGUCCGAAAUAAACUUCGAGCAUUGCAAGCGGAAAUCCGGCGCGCGAGAGUGCAGAGCGUCAGCCUGGCAAGCAAGCGCAAAGCGGUGCAAGACCAGAUUCAAGCGGCCCCGUCCUUUCUCCCGAAGGUAGAUGCGAAAAAGGGUGCGCCGCAACAUCCUCAUCACGCCAACUUCGACGCUUUUGUCCUUGCUGCGGUAAAGUACAAAGUCGUUGAUCGCGUGAGUUGUGUGGCCGCCCUGGACGCGGUGGACAUGCUGCCAACCCAACUGGCCGCGAAAACGCUGGUUGGCCGCAAGAAGAACCAGAUGCGCACGAAGGAAAGGUACACCCACAGCCGCUGUACGCUGUUCCGAGAAAACACCGCGGGCUACGCUGAAUUGUUGAUCCUGAUUCGCCAGUUGCUGUACGUGGCGACGCCCGAUUGGGAAAGACAAAGCCGCGAAGAGCAGCAAGGGAAGACUAUCGCACACGAAAUCCGCCGAGGCUUGAACCGGAAGUUACUGGACAUUGUCCAAAAACGGGCCUGUGCGGUUUCUUUCGACGAUCAUGGUCCUGGUAACGCGGCACAGACGCAGCACCAGCAGGUGGACAACAAUGAUAGUACUAAACCGGGGCAACAGAUCUACACGAAGUUGCUGUCCCUCCUCGAAAACCGCCCCACACUGCUGAAGCUCCCCGCCCGCCUGACCGAGAAGGACGUAAUGGCGCAGAUCCACGCUCACUGUGGCGCCCACUGUCUCGAUUUGGGCCGCGUCACCUGCGUGCUUUUAGACCACUUGUCCUUCAUCCUCUCGUCGUACCGGCUCCCCUUCGACAUCCAGGGCCAGGAGUUCGCGCGUCUGCUGAGGAACCGCAAGAUCCCGGUGGAGCAACACGGCGCCAACUGCGGCGGCUUCUACGACUACAGCGCCAUCGUCCGCAUGGCCGGCGUUAUCGCGAAACUGCUACAAUCCCUCGUGCCCCGGCAGCGGAUCGCCGACAUCGUGCAGUUUCGACUGGACUACUUCUUCCGCGAACAGCUACCCCUCAUGGAGGAAGCCUACCGCCACAAAGUUUCCCAGUACAGCGAGCAGCAGCGCCGGCUGCGGGACGCCGAGAAGAAGUGGGAAGCCGCCCGGCAGGAGCAACAGACGGUGGAGGAAAAGGAGCGCGACCGCAAGCACCAGGCCAGCCGCGCGCACUACCGGGAGGCGGAGCGCAUGACCAAGGAGGCGGAGCGGAACACCCAGAAGGCGAAAGAGGACGCCGGGAAGAAGUUGCAGGAGGUGAUAUCAAAAGGAAAAAUCCCCCCUCCCCAUAUCGAAAACGAAAUUUGUGAUGCUGUAUUUGAGUACACAAAUCCACUUGUAAUGCUAGAAGGCCAAGAGACGCAGCUGCGGCCUCGUUUCCAGGCAAUUUGUCAUGCUGUUUCCCACUUCCAGCUGCCCCCUGUCAUGCUGAAGAUGCAAGGCUUUCCCACGCCAACCAGCACUACAGUCCGCAUCUUUUCCCUUCUAGCAUGACAAAGCUGAUUUGUGGCCACAAAUCUGCAUCACAAAUUUCUAGUUUGAGUAUGGCGUGGGGGGAUUUUUCACUUUGAUAGGUGACUCGGUUCCGCAUGGAAAUUCUCAAAUCCUACGAGACCCUCAGCGACUGUCGGAAGAAGGUGUUGGAGCUGCGCCGCGGGGUCGAUUUUACGGCCAUCGCGUACCUGAUUCAGGUGGGUCUGUUGGACGAGGAUCGCGCGUGGAGUAUGUUGCCAUGCCAACUGUCCCAUGCCGAGGAGCUGGAAGGUGUGGUGAUUCCCGGAAAAAAACCGAGGCCGGGGGUUCAUGCCGUUGGAGGUGCAGCCGCGAAAGGACAAGGAGCUGCACAUGGAGGUACUACUAAAAACCAAACACCACCUCUGGUCGACGACGCGUCCUUUCUCGGCACAGCUUUCGUGCAACAGCUGGAAAGCGCCCACGAUGAGUCGUUGAAGCAAAUGCAGAGCAUCAACCGAGACGAGGAGAAGGAACGCGCGUACGAGCUGGUGUUGGAGAAAGCGCAAUUAUUCGACACGCCGCAGUUGCGCCUGCUGCGCGGCUUCCUGGCCUUGAACGACUGGCGCCGCGCGCAGUGUCUGCUGGAGAAGAUGGGCGGCCAGGGUGCCAGUGCGGUGCCCAUGGUGCGCAACGAGUUGGCCACACUGCUGCUCUGGGUGCUGGACCCAUUAGUCCGACAGUACCAGCUCGACCCCGCCUGGCACGACGAGGCGGCCUGUUUUGACGCAUGCUUGGCGCCGUUACACGCCGAGGCAGCUGCGCAACUACAACAACAUCCUAGCGGCAUGAUGGGCGGUGGUGGUACACAUCAUCUUCAUCACGGGGGUGCAGCAGCAGCCGCGGCAACACGUGCGGCAGGAGGUGCUCGCGGAGCUGCUGCCUACAACACUUUUGCACCAGGUACUAUGCUGGAAGAGGAGGAGGGCGAGGAAUUCCAGGUGGUGUGGGACAAAUGGCAACCACUUCCGGAACUAGACGCUUGCUUGACCGGGUACGACCGGCAGUUUCAAAAAUUUCUGCGGUUCGGUGUUGGCAACGGGAAUUAUAGUAGUUCAGCACACAACGUCGUAUCCGGAAUGAACGGUAGUUCAUCUCUACCAACCACUGUGUCGCUCGAGAACGCGCAGGCAUUGCGGAGGCGAAGUUUUUUGCUGCUGCAAAAGCGGGUGCGCGCGCAAAUCAAGCCUCUGGUACACGUCCUGCGCACGCACGCAUCGCAGGACCACCUCCAUAACGAGGACCACGCGAACUCGGCGGCGACUCCGCUCGGCGUCUUGCGUGCCGUGAUUCGAGCGGUUACUUCGCUGCGAGAGCAAGAAGCCGCUGCCAAAGACACCAGGCCCAACCGGGGAUCGAGUUUAGUGCUGGGAUGCCUCGCAGCUGUGCUCGACGUGCGGAGCAAGCCAUCGCCUAAGACGAUCAAAACAACGUCUCGCUCACCAAAACCGAACGACAAGGCCAGUUCUUACACCGCCCGCAUUUUGCGCAAGCUCGCGGCAGUCCUUAGGUUGCAGGGAAAGGAGCAACAGCUCCAGAACAUCAAGGUCCUCAAAGGAUGGAACCCGGAUUUUGUCCGUUACGGGAUUUUAGUUCGGGAACUCGCAAAAGCGCUCGGUUUCUCGCUGAAAGAAGUGCAACUACAGGAGAACGAUUCUGCGGAAAUCAAGCGCAAACUCAACAGUUCUUAUGGGGCGUCCAAAUUUUUCGAUCAACGCGAGAACGGUGGGUGGCUGUCCACCAGCGCGCAGCUGUACACGCGAAAAGAACUCGACGUGGUCCGGUCUGGUGGACGGGGUGGAAAUAUUAAGGGACCAAAUGCGGCUUCCACGACAUCUGCUAGACCCGGCGGUGCACAAUCCUCAACCACCAGCACAGUUGUUGGUUUACAGCAGUGCACGCAUAUCAAGGACUUCUUAUCCGCUAUUGGACCAGUGAUGAAGUACCUGCAGCCGGCGCUUCACCAGGAGCCGAAACUGUUGGAAAUCCUGUGGAAGCUGACCCGCAGUUACCUCCAAUACCUAGAGUGGGACUUGUCCUAUGGGAGUGGUAUGCUGCAGCAGGGCGGAGGUACGGGUACGACGUCUAGUGGUACGACAUCGAGCUCUGCAGCCCAAUCGUGGAGCACACAGGCCCGGAACGUGCUGGUCUCCGACCCGCGGCUCGUGGCCCUGCUGAAUGGCGCACUCCUCCCCGCGUGUUCGAUGAUUCACAGCAUGUCGGAAGAGCUCUUAGCAGCGAUGUGGACCUGCUUGUCCAGCUUGCCCGGGGCCUGCCGGUGGCGCGUGUACCAGCUGUGGACCGGCGCAUACAAAAAGGUCCUGCCGCUUCCACUGGUGGAAAAACGCAUGCAGAGGAAAGUGCAGAAUACGCUGAAACGAGCUACAGGAAGUGCCAGCUUAGGUACAGAAAUAGAUAACUUCCGAAGAUCAUUUUUCUCGUAUUUCGUUUAUUUCUUUAGAGGAAGAGGUACUCCUCGAACUGAAUCUUGCAUAUGAAUUUUGUCGACCAUCAAAAGUGAAACCCACCUCCCAGGCAAAGCCAAGGCCGGCGGUGCAGCAGCCGCCGCGGGGUCCACCGCGACCGAGGGUGGCGAUGGCAGCGAGGCCCUGGCGAAUUUGCUCGUGUAUCACACCGCGCGGUUGGCGGACUCUAACCCCUUAGUCGUAUUCCAGGCGAUCGUGGACCAGAUCGCGCCCUCGUACAACGACAACAUGAUUGUGCCCAUCCUCGCGAUGACCCGCAAGGUGGGUCUGUUCGGCGCGGACGUGGCGGCGUUCGUGGUGAUUCAGGAGUGCUUCGACCGGAUUUUGUUCGCGAAGAACAAAACCAAAAGUGCCGGUAGCAAAUCCCUCCUCAGCGAGGGCGUCAACAUCCAGGGCUGGCUCCAGAACUUGUCGAAGUGGCUGUCCCUGUUCUUCGCGAUGCACCCGGAAACCGACGUGGCCCUGAUUCUCCAGGCCGUGGCGGACUUCAUCGAAAGCCACGCACUGCAGGGGCUGAACGCCGAAUCUUUCGGGAAUUCGUUGUUGCAGAUUCUCGUAACGGACUUGGUGGCGAAUAUGGGUGCGUGGUCGUAUGUUACGGAAUUGUCGGACUUGCAGUUGGAAUCCCUCUCCGGCGGGGUUUUGCUCCGGACGGAGAACAUCUACACGCAGAAUGUCCAAUUCGACAGCAGCAACGACACGAUCAAGGCCGACCCGAAAGCCCAACAGACGCUGGUCCGCACCCUGCAGCAAACGGGGCUGGUGCAGCGGUUCUGGCGAUCCCUCGGGCUGAUGCGCCGCGCGACGACCAGCGACCAAAAUCUGUCCAAGGUGCUGCAGAGGAUGAAGUUAUUGCAGCGGGGGGCAAGGUUUGUCAGCAAUUUGAAAAAAGUGGGGUACUUGUACGACCAAACGCACCAGUGUUUGAUGAGUCUCACGCAGUUUUUGGGCCGAAGUUUGCUGCCGGCGGAGUACGGAGCGCUAUUGCCGAACAAUUUGGCAGGUACAAUUUAUUUAUACUUGCUUCGAGAUCAACACUCUUUGUUUGUGAAAUGAACUCUUCAAAACCAGAACCAAAAGAGCCAUGAUCUACUUCAGGACCGAACGAAGUGACUUCGGUUUCUAAUUUUCCGUACUCAAUCCACCCACGAUCAUAGAUUGAUAUUAAUACACACAACUCUCUCAGGUAUCUUUGCGGAUUUCGAAACAGCGUUUGCGUAUACCAUGAUUCGUCCCGCGCUGCCUCCGUACCACGAAGAACAGUCCUCCGAGCGUCUAAUGCUCCGCGCCCUGUUCCAACGCGAAAUGCGGCAGAAAGAGCUGGACCUCAGUGCCUCCUUUGGCGCGGCGGCCACUAGAAACAGCAGCAGCGUGAACGACCACGACGAUGAUCCUGAUGGUGCCGGUGACUCGGGAGCCGGUACAAUUACGGCGGACAAGAACAAACAGUACAACAGCGACGGUAAAAGAAACGAGGAGAAGAACGACAAACUUGGGGUGCUUGUCCCCCGAAAACUUCCGUCGAAACUUGGCAGUUCCCAUGCCGUCAUUACCGCCGUGUUCCGGUACGCCUUUUGGCGGCUAUGCAUUGCAAAAGUAUAAUUGUACUAGUAUAACUUGCAUCACAAAUUUUUCCAUAAGGAGAAAUGGAAAUUGUCAUGCUGAUUCACCUAAAACGGGAUAUUUGUCAUGCCUGCCAGCAAUUGCUACGAGUACGAUACUUUUGCAGAGCAUAGCGGCUGGAACUCAGCGACAUCAGCUGCACACCGCAGUACGACAAGGCGAUCAACGCGUACGACCGGGCCGCGAAAGAUUUGAAAGAGGAUAUCAAGAAGGAAAAUCCCCCCUCCCCAUAUCAAAACGGAAAUUUGUGAUGCAGAUUUGUGGUCACAAAUCAGCUUUGUCAUGCUAGAAGGAAAGACAUGCGGAGUGUAGUGCUGGCUGGCGUGGAAAAGCCUUGCGCCUUCAGCAUGACAGAGAGCAACUGGAAGCGGGAAGCAGCAUGACAAAUUGCCUACAAACGAGGCCACAACUGCGGCUCUUGGCUUUCUGGCAUUACAAGUCGAUUUGUCUUUGUGUACUCAAAUACAGCAUGUUACGCCUCACGCCUCAAAUACAGCAUGACAAUUUUCGUUUUCGAUAUGGGGAGGAGGGAUUUUUCCUUUUGAUAGAGGAACUGGACAAGGUCCGAACCGCUUCCGGCAGUUCGCGGGCCGCCGAGCACGAGGCCAAGAAGCAGAAACGCGACGAGAAACUGGAGAUGAAACAAAAGCUCAAGGAAGAACGGGAUUCGCAGAUGCUCCGGGUGUAUGCGACGAGAAACAGGAUUCAGAAAGAGAAGCACUUGUGGUUCACGGAAUGCUCCGAACGGGUGACAAGGUUGCUCGUAAGUGAAUUCAUCGCGAAGCGGUUUUUACUUUCCUACGAAGACGCGCUGUUCUGCAGCAACUUCGUGUACCUGUUAGUGCAAUCUCGGACUUGGGGAAUAAUUUUUGCCGAUUUGGGGCAGAAGAUCGUGGACGCCAUUGCGGCGCGGGUGGAUGCCUGCACGGAGGACGAGGCGCGGAUUCUGGGCGUGUUUGCAUCCGCGUUCUUCCGCAACGCGAUUUCCCUCACGGAAGACAAGGCGAUUUUCGAUGGUCAACAACAACAUCCGUGCCUGCAGAAGCACUACUACAGCAGUAGCACAACAUCAAAUGAGGACCAAAAAGAGUACAUCAACGCGGAGAAUUUAAGGUGGCACGUGGAGAGAUGGGAAAAGAUUCUCUUCAUGUCGUUGAAGUGCUCUUUGAAAGCGAAAAGCUGGCUGACCCGCCGGAACGCGCUGAACAUUUUAAGUAAGACGGUUCCGGUCUUCCCUUUCACGAGCGAGGUCGGGGAGAAGUUGCUGAAAUUAGUGAAAAAGAUCGACGGCACGGACGCACGGCAAGACAUGAAAUUGCUGGCAAAAUCGUUAAGUAACCAACUGAAAAACGGGCAGAAGUCGUGGAAGAAUGCGGAGGGCAUUUCGGUCGUGGAGCAGGAGGAGGAAGAGGAGAAAGCGAGAAUUGAGAAGCUCAAGGAACAGCAGGCGGCGGCAGCUGCGAAUAAAGCUCGACAAGUAGAUGCAGCUGGUGCCAAUGACGGCGAGGGGGCGGCUGCUAUUAAAUCGGCAGACGCAGACGCGGACGGGAAUAACGAAGUAGAAAACGCAAGAGGAAAUAUUAACGAAGAUCCGGCCGGGACAGGAGUAGAUGUCGAUGGCGACCAAGAACAGAUUGAUGGCACGGCAGCUGAAGAAAACCAAAACGGCGGCGUGACGAAGGAUGUUAACCAGGAUGUCGGCGCCCCCGACGACAUCCUUAACGAACCGAUAGGAAUGCCGACAGGUAGUGACAACGCCAGCAGUGCAAACGCCGAUGAGGAUAUGCGGUCUCCGGCGUCCACCCCCAGGGCCGCAGCCGAGACGAAUGACACUGGUGUGGCCAAGCGAAGCAAACGUGGCCAUGGGGACGACGCAAAUGAUGACAACGCAAGCUACAAGAAGCAAAAACCCUGAAACUCGUGAAACAAACAGAAAACUUCGAGAAAUGAGUCAUAGAACCCAGAAAAAUAACGGGAGUAUUCAGAAAUGACCAUUUUGUUUCUACCCCAUGAGCAGUCGUAUCCAAGAUGAGAUGACCGCUAUUUACCAACCGACGAAAU